AUGGGUAAAAAGCGCCAGUCCGAGAUCAGUCGGUCGAUCUAUCGAGCGCUUCUGCGCGACCCGCACCAUGUCCACAAGAAGACCGUCCUCGCCUUUAUCCUGGCCUUCUUCACGAUCUGGCGCAUCAGAUUGGUUCGGCUGUCCGCUGAGCUGUUUCGACAGCUCCGGACGGAGGUGUGGAACAUCGACGAGGAGGAAUACAAGCGCUCGUUCCACUGCGAGAAAGGCCAAGGGAGGGUAGAACCCAUGGGGGAUCUGGGCUAUUCUGGCUCUACGUUCUUCAGGACAGCCAACUCGAAAUUCCUCAUCAAGAGCCUUCCUCGACACUUUGAGCACUCCUUCUUCGAGGAGGAACUCCUACAGCCGUAUUCCGACUACAUGAGCAGCCAUCCGGACUCGCUUCUCGUGCGCAUCACCGAUUUCCUGGUUGCGCCAUACUGUACGCUCGGUGCCAUGUUGAAGUUCGUUCCGACGCAUCAUGUCAUUAUGGAAAACGUCCUCUGCGACAGACAGGCCGAGCGCGAGGGGGACAAAUGGGAAACGUACGACCUAAAGCCGAUCGACUAUUUCUAUCCUAAGCGGGACCUUCUCCCCGAAUCGCUGAGGAGUGAGAGCGUGAUGCGGAAGCCAUUCGACGUCUUUAACGACAAGAUCCGAAUCACGCGGGAGCAGUACAGUGACUUAAGACAGAUGAUUGAGGAAGACACAGGCUUCCUACAAUCGGCAAACACGGUCGAUUACUCGCUUUUCUUGGUGCGUUUCCCAGCGCACCUGCAGCCUGGCAAUACCAAUGUGCGCACAAGUCAAUGGCGCGCAGGCGUCCCCUCGACUGAUGGAAAAUGGAAGUAUCGCACCGUGCUGCUUGAUUUCUUCUGGGCAAAGCACACGUUGCAUGCUCAGGCUUUGACCACUAUCGUGCAGACGUUCAAUGUCGUUGGGCGUAAGGGUCCGAUGACCAUCACCACCACGGCCGAAGAGUACCGCCGGAAGUUUCUUCAAAUGAUAGACGGGUUGGUGGAGUUACAAACAACAACAUAG